AGAGGAAGAUCAGAUGUCAGUGUAUCACGGCUCGAUGGAAUCGGAGGCAGCGAUGGCUGACACGGCCGACUCAGACUUCGACGGACUAGUAGGAAAACAGGAGGAGAGACUGGGAGAUUUGGUUGUUGAAGGGUUCAAGAAACUGAUCAACACAUAUGACCCCGAUCAAGAUGACCUGGAAAGGCCUGAGCCCAAGCCUCUCCCAGACAGCUCAAGAUUGGACGCAGAGAAGACGAAGAGAGGGCUGUUGAGUUGGCUCGAACUGAGCCUUCUGCCGCAACUAGGACAGCAAAUCACCGAUCUGUCAGCAUUGCUAGACCUGACCGACUUGCAGAAAGAAACAGACUCGACACUCAGACAGAUCCUAGAGAGCCAAGCGGAACUCGACCAGUCUUUGGGGAAACUGCAAACGAGCUUGUAUACCCUCUGUCCCGAACCUGCACGAUCGCCACCAUUCGAAUCUAGUGACCGAAAUCGCAAAGAAUUCAAAUCCUUCAGGGCACACGGCUUGUACCACCAUAUCACUGGACAAGUCCUCUCAGAAAUCAUCCACGUCUUCAAUGAGUCCUAUGAGCUUAUCCAACAGCUGGAGCUCUCAACUGAGCCGUACAAGUUCCCGGUCGAGAUAGAUGCCACCAGAACAGCGAUCACCCACUAUGCAGCUUCAACCCGGGACGGAAUCGGAUCGACGAUCAGAUGGCUAAAGGGAUCGGAGUUCGAUCUUCUGCGAUCGCAUUGGUUGAACGAGAUAUCUGGGAUGAAUGAUACCCUCAGCAAGCUCAUCAGCCUGAUCAAUUCGCCACCGAACACCACCGGACGUCCGCAGCUAUCUCUCGUGCCCGAAUUGGACUCAUUUCAUUACCAUCCUCCCAGCCAACCAGUGAUCCGACUGGCCAAAUCAGUCCCCCCACUCCUCAAACUCUCGCGACUGUUCUUCAAGAAAAUGACAAGACCAGAGAUCGACACCAAGCGAUUGGCUUCAUUCACUCAGAGCGCUUCUCAUCAACUCGAUCACAUGGCUCAAUCUGCCGGAAACAUCGGCUGCGACUUUGAAGAGCUUUUGAAGCUCUUCAGGAAGGUCGAUCGGCGUGUGGAUCGACUAGGACGGCCUAUACAGGAAGAAGAAGAACCUUUGGUCUCCAGUGUCCAAUUAACUGCAAUCACCCAACGAAUCGGAAUCCGCUUCCAAUCUUAUCUCUUUAUCAUCCUCCUCUACUUCCAUCCUGUUAUCCCUAACAACCAUUCCUUUGACUCUCAAAAUCAUUCCAAAGCUUGGUUCCUUGCUUGGUUUAAUCAUUUCUCUAUCGCCGUCCGAAAUUUUGAGAUCGCUGCUGAAUUCUUCGAUGACGAUGCUUAGUUUUAUUUUUUUAUUUUUUUUUGCAAAAAAUUCUUGUACUUUUAUUUCUCUCUUGAUUGGCUGGAAAUUUUAUUACUGAAAAAUUAACAACUACUGCAAAAAAUUCCCAUUACAUACUUAUAAUUGCUCGUAAUCAACGAAUACGUUCUGGGACUC